AUGCCCUCACCUGGACGUCAUUGUAAUAAAAUUACUAUGCCAGUUGUGUUUCUUCCAACGAGUUUUAGUUACGCUUCAGUAUAUCGGGACUAUGUACAAGCUUAUAAAGAUAAGCAUGGAAAAGAUGUUCAUGUUUUAGCUGAAUUAACUUUUACUAAUAUCUGGAAAUUUUUAAUGCCAUCACUUCAAUUUAUGUUUGCGAAAACUGAUUUAUGUGAAACUUGUAAGACAAUGAAAAUGGAAAUUCAAUAUGCUACACAACACGAAAAAAAAUUAGAACUUACUCAUAAUUAUCUAGCUCAUUUAAAUCGUGCACAAAAAGAAUGUAACUAUUAUAAUGCUAACAUUAUGAAUGCAAUUGAGGAUAGUAAGCAGAAUCCAAAUAUAACUAAGUCUCAUAUAUUAUUCAAAACCUUCAAUGGUAGUGCUCAUAUUGCAUACGAUUGGGCCCAAAACGUACAAGUACCCUUCUCGCCGCAACAAAUUGGAUCUUUGUAUUUUAAAAGUUCGCGAAAAGUACAUUUAUUUGGUGUUUGCAACACCGGUAAUUUUCCACAUACACAACAAACUAAUUAUAUAAUCGAUGAGGCUGAAAUGCCCGAUGAUGGUAAACAAGGUUUUCAGUAUUAUGAUUUUAAAAAUUACUUUCAAACAUUUAAAAAACUACCAAAUAUUCAAAAGUAUCAUCAUUUUUAUUUCAGUUCACAAUAUCCUGGCAUCGUCUUUCAUAAAGAUGAUCUUAAAGACAAUUAUAAUGAUUUUAUUAUUCGUUCUUUUUCUUUCAAUGCCAAUACCUUACCCGCCAUAAUUGGUGUCAGACCACUUUCUUUAAAGAGACAAGAGGAAUUGCAUAAGGAAAUCGCACUUUAUGUCGAUUUACCUUUUUGUGAUAUUACUUGUCCUAAACCCUAA